AUCUGGCAACCCCGCUGACAGCAAAGAUGGCGACCCCCGUAAUGACAACACGCCAUGUAGCGUGUUGUGCGAACCGGACUCCACACGUUCUCUCCUGGAGCCGCAGGGAUUUAAUCGCCUUUGGGACGUGUAAUUCGGUUGCACUCUAUGAUCCGGAGCAGGUGAAAGUUGUUGAGCUCCUGAAUAAGCACAGUGGCAGGGUGAACACAGUGCGCUGGAUUUACAGGGAGGACUGUGGUCUGGAGACACAGCUGGUAUCAGGAGGCUCUGACAGUAAAGUUAUUGUGUGGGAGGAGCAGCAUGGGCAGUUUGCUGCCUCUGCAGUGUGUUCAGGACACACGGGUCCUGUGUGUGCAGUGGACGCCGUACAACUGUCUUCCUCCGACUCGCUGCUCGUGUCUGCAGCAUCAGACUCCACCGUAAAACUGUGGAUGUACAGCAGAGGGAAAGCUGAAUGCCUCCAGACGUUAUCUUUUGGGAGCGGCUUCAUGAUGGAUGUCUCCGUAACGCUGUUGCCAGGCAGCAGAGUGCCGGUCCUAGCGUGUGGAGGGGACGACAGCAAAGUCCAUCUGUUUACGCAGAUCAAUGGACAGUUUCAGAAAGUACUCGCGCUUCAAGGCCAUGAAGACUGGGUCCGUGGUGUGGAAUGGGCAGCAAAGGAUGGAGAGUUACUUUUAGCCAGUUGCUCUCAGGACUGUCUGAUCCGAGUGUGGAGGCUGGUGGUUAAAUGUGACGCACCCUCAGAGCCUGCUGAAGGAAUCAUCAGGAUGAAGGAGGAUAUGUUUGAGGUCAAAGGGAAAAGUGAGACCUGUUCUUAUUCUCUCUGUGUUUUGCUGAAUGCCAUUUCACUGAGAUUAACCUGUUCCUUCUGUCCAUCAGUGUAUGCAGUGAGUCUGGAGACCGUGUUAGCUGGCCAUGAGAACUGGGUGUAUGGGAUCCACUGGCAGCCAUCAUUCAGAAAAGGCGACACAGUGGAACAGCCUCUGAGUCUGCUUUCUGCCUCCAUGGACAAGACCAUGAUCCUCUGGGGGCCAGAGGAAGAGUCAGGUGUCUGGGUGGAUCGGGUGCGUGUCGGAGAAGUGGGAGGAAACACGCUAGGCUUCUUUGGCUGUCAGAUGGGGCCCGACGGGUCCAAGAUUCUGGCUCAUGCCUUCCACGGAGCACUGCACCUCUGGCAACGAGACCCAAAACAGCAGAGUCAAUGGAGUCCUGCAGUGGUGGUGUCCGGACACUUUAACGCAGUGCAGGACUUAAGCUGGGAUCCAGAGGGAGAAUUUCUCCUCAGCGUAGGCUCAGACCAGACUACCAGGAUCUUCGCUCCAUGGAGAAGGAAAGACUCCUCACAGGUCACCUGGCAUGAGAUCUCCAGGCCUCAGAUCCAUGGCUAUGACAUGCAGUGCCUGGCCACGAUUGGCCGAUUUCAGUUCGUAUCUGGAGCAGAUGAAAAAGUGCUGCGUGUGUUUAAGGCUCCACGUAACUUCGUGGAGAACUUUGCCAACAUUGUAGGCACUUCUCUGGAGAAACUCUUGGCUUCACACGAUGCUGAAGGUCUGCCAGAAGGAGCCAGCACACCCGCACUCGGUCUCUCUAAUAAGGCUGUGUAUCAAGGUGAUCUUACGAUUCAGAGCACCCAGGAGGAAGGGGAAGAUGUCAACAGGGUGUCUGACCAGUACAAGGAGUUUUACUUUCAACCUCUUUGUCUAACAGAACCCCCUCCUGAGGAUCACCUUCUACAGAACACACUGUGGCCUGAGGUCCAGAAGCUGUACGGUCAUGGUUUUGAGAUGUUCUGUCUGGCUUCAGAUGCAGCACGAACAGUGGUCGCCUCAGCAUGUAAGGCAUCUAAAGCAGAGCAUGCUGCAAUCCUGGUGUGGAGUGUCUUCACCUGGAAACAGCUACAAGCUCUCCCAUGCCACAGUCUGACUGUCACUCAGAUGGCCUUCUCUCCAGACUCACGCUUGCUCCUCGCUGUGUCCCGAGAUCGUACGUGGUCGUUGUGGAGACGGGACGACUGUGGACCCGAUGCAUCAGAACCCAGCUUCUCGCUCUACACACACACCAGUAAGGACUCCAGUGUGCACACACGCAUCAUUUGGUCAUGUGACUGGAGUCUGGACAAUAAGUACUUUGUGACAUCUAGUCGGGAUAAGAAGGUGAUCAUGUGGGGUCACCGUGGCUCUGGCGAUCCAGUUGGUACGGAUGACAGUGCAGUUGUUCCCUGUUCAUCUGUUCUGGAUGUAGGAGAUUCAGCCACCGCUGUGGCGAUCUGCCCUUUCCUUCUCUCUGACCAAAGCUACCUCGUAGCGGUGGGUCUGGAGAGCGGACAGAUCGUUCUGUAUAAAUGGAGGCCGAUGGACGAUCUGUCUUCAGGAUCAGACUGGAGCAGAUGUGCUGAAAGCGAUGUCUCUCAAAGUCACACGCUGGUGGUGAAGAGACUGCGCUGGAGGCCCCGAGUCUGUCAACAGGAUCAGAGUGAUGAUUUUGACAAGAACCACCAAAACACUAACUCUGUCCAGUUAGCCAGCGCUGGAGCGGACAACGUUGUCAAAAUCUUCAACAUCGACACACUGACUCUGUAGCUGUGUCUUACCUAAUGCUCCACGCAGAUCCUGCACCGUCUACACACACACUUCAGUCAGUAGGAGGUGUAUCAGAUCCCAUGCUGGAACGUGUUGAGCGCUCUUAUUUAAUCAAUACAGAAGAACGGAUAUUUGUACUAUAACGUAAAAGCUAAAAAUGUUGUGCUAUUUAACUGCAAACUCCUCCGAGGUUUGUGUUGUAAUAAAUGAUUCUUUUUCUAACAGUA